AUGGCUUCACCUGCGGUGAGGGCUCUUGGAACCCUGUUCCGCCACAGAGCUCCCCAGGGGUUCCCCUCCUCCUGCCCCGGCGCAUUCUCUUCUCUGCGAAGUGAGUUUCGUUUCGUCAUCUCUCUCGUUCCUCGCAAUAUUUCCGGUAGUAAUCUGAUGUCUCACUUUACCCAUGGUUUAUCUCUCUCUCCCUAUCUCUCGCUAGGGUCUGGUCUCCUCGGGCAAAGCUUAUCUUCUCCUGUUCCGCGUGGGAUCUCCUCUUCGGCCGAUAGAGUCAGAUGGAUAUGGUCUUCCACACCUGUCUGUAUGGGCAGGCGCUCCAGCAAGAUUGCCACACGAAAGGUGAACCAAUUUCCCUAGUCUCCAUUCUAGUGCUUGCAAAAAUCUUCUCCCGUUCCCGUUCAUCAGAUUGUCGACGACUUACAUGGAGAUGCGAUCCUUUCUGUCCUCAAUCUGUGUGUGUUUUCUCCCCGUCUCUAUUUUCAUUCGGAAGAUGUCGAGGAAGACUGUGUGUGCCCUCCCUCUCCCCGCUACAACAAUCAAUGCCUGGUUAAGCCUUACGAGAACCAGAAGAUGCUCCUCAUAAGAAACCGCCAGUUCAUAAUACCUGCACGUUUCAUCUAAUGUAGAAUUGCAUGCUUUCCAAUAUUUAUCAUCUAACUCUGUUAAAUUGCUCUCAAUUAAUCAAAAAUCUGUUCGCCUUUUGUAAAUCGACAAUUUCUGUGAAAGAAUUCCGUAGAAUAACUUGUCCUAUAUGGCUCCAGCGGUCUCUGAAGUUUACCUUGCUCUUAGGGCGCACAAGAUGCAAAGAAGGCAAAGCGCUAUGGAAAAAUCGGCAAAGAAAUUGUCUCUGCGUAAGUCCAUCCACUUCACAUCUCCUGUCAGAAUUCACUGAAUUCAGGCCAAAGAUUUAGUUACCCUAGAGAAACUGGCGAAUAUCAUCUCCACCUUUCGCACCAAAGAAUUCGGUUCAGUUCAUAAGAUAGUGGGAGCCCCAAUUUGCUUCAUCAUAAAUCUCAUCACACAAUCCAAAGCACCAAGAUAUCUUCUUUUUACAUGGGUAAUUUCUGCGGCAUGUUGCUUUCUAUUUUCUAUGAUCUUACAACGGUGGGCACAGUUGAUACUUGGGAGUGGUCUGGAUUACAGAAGUUAUCUCUGUUUUUAGAAUCAGACUUGUGCAUCCUUCUGGGCAAUGAUAACCUUUCUAGUUUGGGGUCUUAUUUCCUGCCCAGUGUGAAGAAGGGCGGUCCAAAUCCGGUAUCAAACACUGUCCUAGUCUCUGUACUGGAAAGAGCCAAAGAGCUCGAUGUACCGAAGGAAAUCGUGGAGCGUAACAUCAAGAGAGCUUCGGAGAAGGGCCAAGAAGCGUACAUUGAGAAGCUCUAUGAGGUGGGCAAUGUUCCUAGUACUCUCAGGAGUAGCGACCUCCCCCCUGCAUUAUUCGGUCAACCUGAAGUCUUCUCCUUCUUGGUGUUGUAAGUCAGGUGUACGGCUUUGGUGGCGUAGGCAUGGUGGUUGAAGUGUUAACUGACAAGAUAAACAGAUCGGUGGCAGCAGUCAGAGAGGUCGUGAAAGACUGCGGUGGGAAGAUGGCCGAUCCAGGGUCCAUCUUGUUCAAGUUUCGGCGUGCGAGGGUUGUGAACAUCAAAGUCUCCGAUGCCGAUAAGGACGAUCUUCUUGCUAUUGCAUUGGAUGCAGGUGCUGAGGACGUUAUUGAGCCCCCAGUUUAUGAGGAUGACUCUGAUGAGGAUAGUUUGGAAAGGUAAUCAUAUUCCAAAAAAAAAAGACCAUGGUUGAUAGCGUCUUCUCUGAUUGAAUCAUUAGCACAUUGCAGGAUACUCUUGUUUACUGGGUGAUGAUCUAAGCAGUGAUGUGUAGCUUCUGCUUCCAAAUGUUCAGCUUCGAUAAUUUGUUUCAAAGCUUGCCAGCAGAUUUCCCUUUUUGAUCAUCUCCUAUGCCUAGCAUUGACUUUGAUUCGCAUCACGAUUAUAUUGAAAAUGAAAGAUGCUCCACACGACUCCUGACUGUGAACGCUUUUUAUCUUUUUCAUUUUAUUUUCAAUGAGCUGAUGGUAUGUAGAAAGUUGUAAACCCCAGAGUGAUCUUAUUUCAUGCGAAAAUUUUCAGAUAUUAUAAGGUUAUUGGCUCAUCUGAGAGCUACCCUGACAUAUUGUCAAAGCUGCGAGAAGAAGGAAUAGCAUUUGAACCAGACAAUGGUUCUGAGCUGGUUCCCCUGAUGAUGAUUGAGGUCUGCCAUCUACUUCGUGCUUGUUCACUUCUAGGAUACUUACCUCUUCUCAAAUGACCGCCACUUGGUUCUUAGGGCCCAUGAAUACCGGAAUUUUUUCCUAAAUGUUUGUUCAGAAAAACACCAAAUAGCUUGUUUGGUUAGAAAUGCCUAUGCGUUUGUUCUUAUUCUGAGCUUCCAAAAGCGCCUGGGUCAAUUUCGUUGCAGAUUUGACGAAUUUUUUUCUGGGUCGUUUGUUUUGACAGGUGGAUGAUGAAGCCAUGGACUUAAACAAGGAGCUGAUGUCCAAGCUACUUGAUCUCGAUGAUGUUGAUGCCGUUUACUCGGACCAGAAGUGA